GCUCAAAAUUUGAAACGACAAAAACACUGUUUCACCACAAAACUCGCAACAAAUACCCUAACAUUUCAGUAAUCUCACUCACUCGCUCGAUGACUCAGCGUUCAUCUUGUUCAUCCUCUUCCCCAAUCAACAAAUUCGACGUCUUCGAUUUCAGCGAAGAUUCGAAAACUGAGAAAAUGUUCAGAAAAUUCCGAACCCCUAUGAAAUCUCCUUCUCCUCCCAUUUCGAAAUACGAAUUUCUUCAAGCAUUUGCCGAUGGUUCAAAACCUCAAUCGAGGAUUGUUUCCAUUGAUCUAGAUAAUGAUGAUCAAGAAGAUGCUAAAUGUUCGCCAGUGAAAGUUUUGAACAAACCGUUAGAGAUUGAUGAUGACGAGGAUGACACAGACGAUACUGGUUUCAAUAAACUGUUAGAGGUUGACGAUGACGAGGAUGAUGCUGGUUUGAAUGAACCGGUAGAUGUUGACGAGGAGGAUGAUGAUGCUGGUAUUGAUGAUGAUCGAGGGAAAAAUGUUAAUGCAUGUUCAAUGGACUCGCCAUUGCAACAUUUUGCUGAGAAAGAGAGUGACCGUGAUGCUGAGUUUGUAGAUAGUGAUGUUGACUUGGAAAAUCAGGUAUUUGAUAUGCGUUGUGAUGAUGAUGAUGAGGACGAUGAGGAUGAUAGUAGUGAAAUGAGUUCGUCUUCAAAUUCUACUUUUGAUUCUUCAAAAUUUGAAGAUUGCUUUGAAGAUCACCUAGUGGAGGAUGAUUCCACUGCAUUUAAAAUUGAUGACAACGAAAAGGUGGUCGAUGUCUUCCCUGAUUUUAUUCAAUACGGGGAAUUAUAUUCCACCAGUUCUCGGUUAAUAUUCUCGAGCAGCUCCCUGAAACUCGAAGGCCCAACAAACAAUCAAACUGGGAAAACUUUUAAAAUUGAGUGGGAAACUGAAGAUAUUAUAAAAAUCGAAUCAUGCUGGUUUGAAAAGAUUAAAACAGCAUGGAUCAACCUUCUCCUUAGAUCAAAAGAUUCAGAAGACAUUGGCAGUACAAAUGAAAAACCAGGCUUUAGGCUGUUGAAAUUUGCUGUUUAUGAUUCAUAUUGGUCCAGGGCAGAAGAGGCUAUCAAAUUUUUGGAUAUGAGAUACACAAGUAUCUGGAGUACAGUUUUUGACGUUGAUGCAAAUAAUUAUGGAAAUAAUUCUAUACUGGGACAGGACAGUUUGUUCUCUCAGAGGCAUUAUUUUCCCAUUUUUGAUGAAGCAUUUGAGGAGGUUAUUUAUCCAGAGGGGGAACCUGAUGCUGUUUCUAUUAGCAAGAGAGAUGUUGCACUUUUACAGCCAGAGACAUUCGUCAAUGACACUAUCAUUGACUUUUACAUCAAGUAUUUGAAAAAUAAACUGCCCACUGAUGAGCAGGAGAGGUUUCACUUUUUCAAUAGCUUCUUCUUUCGAAAGCUAGCUGAUUUAGAUAAAGACCCAGAAAGUGCUUCUGAUGGCAGAGCAGCUUUUCAACGCGUGCGUAAAUGGACCAGGAAAGUUAACCUUUUUGAAAAGGAUUAUAUCUUGAUUCCCGUAAACUACAGUCUUCACUGGAGUUUGAUUGUCAUUUGUCAUCCUGGGGAGGUGCCAUCCUUCAGAGAUGAAGAAAUUAAAGAAUCUUCCAAAGUUCCUUGCAUCUUGCACAUGGACUCCCUGAAAGGAAGUCAUAAAGGUCUCAAGAAUCUUUUCCAAAGCUACCUGUGUGAGGAAUGGAAAGAGAGACACCCCAAUAUGGCGGAUGAUUUUUCUUCUAAAUUUUUACAGCUGCGGUUCAUCUCACUAGAGCUGCCUCAGCAGGAUAAUUUUUAUGAUUGCGGUCUGUUUUUGCUUUACUUUGUGGAACGUUUUCUGGAGGAAGCUCCUAUCAAAUUUAACCCUUUCAAGAUAACAAAGUUCUCCAAAUUUUUGAAUAGUAACUGGUUCCCUUCGGAUGAGGCUUCUCUGAGACGAUCUCAUAUACAGAACUUAAUUUAUGAUAUAUUUGAAAAUGGUUCUUUGAAAGCACCCCCUAUUGAUUGCCGUGGCAAAGGUCCUCUCUCUGAACUUCCUGGUGUUAUCGAGCACAAAGUGGAAGCAGAUUCCUCUGGAGCCAGCUGUUACCCUGGUAUAUGGCAUGGGAAUCUUUCAAAUGGCUCUACUGAGACUGAUAUUCAGUUCCGACCUGUUUCACCUGUAAGAGCUGCAUCAUGUUCAAGAGAUCCUGGAAUUGUUUUCAAGGACUUGCAAGCAGCAGUUGUACCUCCACAUUUCGAUUGUCGGCAGAUGUCUUUGUGUCAUCAAAGUGGAUUCUUGUCACCAAUAGAGGAAACAGAAGAGUUUGGCAAUGAAGUUUCUAAAUCAAUGGAGAGAGCAAAUUCUCAAGUAGGCAUUUUGGCAUCGGAUUUCCCAUCCACAUCAUAUAUAGGUAAAGAUCAUAGAGCAUCAGAAACAACACAGCAGGGAUUCCCUAUGAAUUUUGUAGAAUCUGUUGAGGGCAUUCCAUAUUCAAAUUGGAUUCAAGAUUCUCUUGAAGAUCAGCUUUUGGAGAAAAUUGAAGAGUCCAACUUUCCAAACAAGACAGCACUUGAGGAGAUUGCAGACUCUGUUGUUCAAGAUUCUCAAGAGUCAAAUGGUAGGCAUGAGAUUUAUAUUGUUCAAGAUUCUCAAGAGUCAAACGGUGGGCAUGAGAUUUAUGUUGUUCAAGAUUCUCAAGAGUCAAAUGAUGUGCAUGAGGUUGAUGCAUGUGUGAAAUCUCAUUCCUCUUUCCAAGAUAACAUAAAUUCCAUGACUCAUCAAAUAUUGGAUUUGGCUCAGAAUACUAGUGUUGAGAAUGAUAGUUUAGCUGGCAAGAGAGAACAACCAGCAUCUGAAUCUCAGGAACAGAAUGAUAAAAAGCGGAAGCUUAUGAGUGAAACAGGUGGUCCAAGUCGACGACUCACAAGGAGGAUGUUAAAAGAAACAUGUGUUUAAUACCAUGUCAUGUGAAUAAUUUAGCAGCAGCAGAAAAUGUUACUGGAAAAUUAAAUGUUAAUAUUUGGAAGCACUAACUCUGAACUGAAGACUCAGGUAGAAGAGAAGUAUGAGCAGUAGAUUAAAGGUACCAAUGUGGCCCUUAAUUUGUAAAUCUUUUUGCGUAGUCACUAGCCUGAGCUGCCUCGCAUCUGCAGGAUGAUGUACAAAAAUGUUGAUAGCUCUUUUUUUGGGUAGUUUUGGUGGGACUAGAAAGGUAGGCAUGACCGCUGAAACUUGUGUUAAUAUAUCCAGUGUCCUAUAGGAAAUUCGAUAUUGUAUCACCAGAAUGGGUGAAAAAUCAUGGGUCUGUCAUAUGCUCUUUUUGACCAAAGGAUUGAUAUUUGGUGAACAAACUUAUAUAUCGGCAGUUAAUAGAUUUAUUUGAGAUGCUACUUAAACCAUUGUUUGAGCUUAUAGUUUUAUUUUUAUUAUA